GUUCACAUCUGCCCCGGCAGCUCUGGGGUUGCAUUAUUUCAUGCACAGCAUUUUAUCAACUGUCCUGUAACUUUAUUAACUCCCCUCUCUGGCUGUGGAGCAAAGAGCCCGGACGGCGAGGGGCGGUGGAGCAGAAGCAAACGGGCUUUGUCCCCCGGCCCAGCCCAGGGGCGGUGUGGCCAGGGCUCCUGGUACUGCUGCUGGCGCAGCUCUCGCUGCUCGCCCAGCGUUGGCUGGCGUGAGGGGAAAGCUGUCCCCGGGGGUCCGGGCAGCAUGCGCAGCCUGCUGCUCUGUGGUGGGUGGCUGCUGGCUGCUGGCUACCUGGCAGGAGUCACGGGCAGCUGCCGGCACCGCUGCUGCCCAGGCAGGAACAAUGCCUGCUGGGCCCUGGGCACCCGCCGGGCUCACUGCUACUGCGAUUCGUACUGCGAGAGGACGGGGGACUGCUGCGAGGACUACCACGCUGCGUGCCGCCGCGCCGGUGAGUGCUUGGUGGUGGAUUUUUACUGUUAGUGCCGUACUUUGAGUGGGAAUUGGAUUAAUUUGGGGAUACUGGCUGGGCUGGAUGUGGAGCAAUAUCUUGAUUUUUCUGCUUUUUGCUGUGCUGAAUGUCCCACAGGAGUGGCCUCUGCUCUGCAGCUGAGAGUAGUGAGACAGUGGUGGCUCUGUCACUGCAGGGCUCAGAGCUGUCAGUGUGGGACCCGAGCAGGAUGUGCCCCAGCAUCACCACUGCCACGGUCGCUGCCUGGCAGGGUGACACGGGACCCAGGCCUGCGCUGCGGGUGACAAACGGGGAGAACAGGCUUGGAGGUGCAGAGCCAGCCUUUCCUGGGGAUUCAUAUCUGGGCGGGCGCCAGCCAGGCUGCCGGACAACUGCAGCAGUCAGCUCUCCCUAAUCGGGAGAUUAGCAGGGUCCCAGCUCAGCGCAACGCGGAGCUGUGGCAGCGGUGUGGGAUAAAGGACUGCAGAAGCAGUGCACAAUGCGAGGCAGCUCUGCCCGGGUAUCCCAAGAGAGGGGCUGCCAGAGUCGCUCUGGCUCUUUUCCUCCACACCCCUCGCCUGUUCUGCAUCUCCUCUACUCUCCUUCCAUCUUUCUCGCCACCGAUGCUCUCUUUUCCCUCCGCUCCCCUGUCCGGCCCGCUGACAGCAGUGGGCUGCGUGGUGGGGUCCUGGGGGCCGUGGAGCAGGUGCAGCUCCCCGUGCGGGGUUGGCAGCAAGGCCCGCAGCCGCCAGGUCACCAUCCCACCCUGGCACGGAGGGGAGCCCUGUCCUGACCUCAAGCAGCGCCGAGGCUGCCUCGGGGAGCACCCCACCUGCGGGGCGGCCAAAGGUAACACGAGUCCCAUGGGGAUACCCCGUCCCUCCUGCAUGAGCAUCCCCGCUGCCCAUCCCAAGGUGUCUGUAACCAUCCCUGUCCCCUACCCUGGCUGCUCGGCUGCCAGAGGUGGCCAAGGUAUUGCCCAGCUCCUUUGGCCGGGACUUCAGGGAUCCCUGGUGGAAAGCCAGGCUGCUGCUGCCGGAGGAGCCAUCUGGCUACUGCGCCUAUUUCCGCCUGACGCAGGUAGGGCCCCCCUGCCGCGGGCAGGACUGGACCCGCUGGCUGCACCGCGACAAGCGGGUCUGCGUCGAAUGCUGGGGAGACGCAGCCCACCGCCGCUCCCAUUGCACUGGACAUGGGCUGCAAGGAGCCAGCCGGUCCAGAACAGCAAUCACGGAUCAGUGAGCCCUGGCCCAGCCUCCCAUUUCUGAGCUGACUGUGACGCUGUGCGGUAUGGAAUCUCUUUGGCCAGCUCGGGUGGGCUGCCUCGCUGCGCUCCUCCCAGCUUCUUUUGCACCCGUAUACGUGCAAAUCAUGGGAAACUGAAACAGUCCUUGAUAUCUUAGCAACAGCUAAAGCCGUUAAUGUACUAUCAACAUUCUUCUCGUACUAAAUCUAAAAAACAGCAGCUGCUGGGGGGAAAAAAGUCACCUCUCUUCC